AUGGUGGGAUUCCUAGAUCUACCAUACGAGAUCCGUCACGAAAUCUACACGCUCUACUAUCUCUCGACAAGACCCGAAUCACUUCGUAUCAAGCUAUGCCAUGAGCAGGACAAGUCUCCCACAACACUUAGAGCCCCAGUACCGAAUGGCAGGUCUGCUCUGGUUGCGACCAGCAAACUCGUCAGCCAAGAAGCACAGCAAGUCUUCUGCGGAAGCUCCACUUGGAGGAUCAGCAGCAAUCUAUCCGACCUUAUUCGGCCAAUUCAAAAUACUUCCUUCUUCGUCAUCGACCGCUCACUCCUACAACACGUCCUCAUUGAAUUUGACAUUGUCCACAUUGUGACCAUGAGACUCACAUCUCACACCGGUUUGUUUCAGUCCUUCAAAUCACAUCGGCUUUCGGAGGACCAUAACCGCUUCGUCCGCUCUUCAGACUUGCUGGAUAAAUUGCGCGUACUCUCAGGCUGCCAUUUCAAGUCACUGACACUCGACACAACCUACGCAUCCAGAGAGGACGGAACCCGUCGUUACGGUCUGAAUCUUUUACCCGGAGCGACCGACAUCCUCUCACUCGACUUACGAUCCUCGCUCACGAAAGACACUCCAAAAGAAGAGAAGCUACCGUUACUAUUAUAUGAGGCAUUCGGACUGUACAACAUACCAUGCUUCUCGGCAGAAAGAAUCCUUGUCCUAGGAAUGCGCAAAAAAAGAGAAUGGAAAAUGGCGCACCACCACGGAUUCGGGUGCGAUCAUUGCCCCCUUAUCGAGGGCCAGUACGUGACAGACGCUUGUGAUUGGGUGGCAGCGCGGAAUGAAGUUCGUGAUGAAGCGUUUGGGUGGCAUGAACGGUAUGAUGUUGAUAAGAAGAAGUACAGUAAGAAAGUCAGGGCACGAAUGAGGCCGUUGGGAUUGUAUUGA